AUGACGCAAUCGAUAGAAGAGGAGCUUGACCAGCAACUGGACCAGGUCUCAACUACCACCGAGAAGCCCUCCGAGGCCAAGGAAGAUGAGACUCACUUACCAACGGGGGCCCGGCUGCUAGCUAUUAUUAUUUCGAUUCUGUUUGCUUUUUUUUUGGUUGCCUUGGAUCGCACCAUCAUUGCCACAGCAGUUCCUCGAAUCGCAACCCAGUUUAACGCCCUUGACGACAUUAGUUGGUAUGCCAGUGCAUAUCUGCUGGCAAGUUGCGCCACCCAGCUAUCCUGGGGUAAAGUGUACACCUUCUACUCGACCAAGACCAUCUUUUUGAUCGCGAUCCUUAUUUUUGAAGUCGGAUCGGCGGUCUGUGGUGGUGCCCCCAGUUCCAAGGCCUUCAUCGUGGGACGUGCAAUAGCAGGCAUUGGAUCAGCGGGCAUAUUUUCGGGCGCGACGGUGAUAAUUGCACAGAUUGUGCCGCUGGCCAAACGACCCAUGUACGUUGGGCUGAUGGGGUCAACCUUUGGGCUUUCGUCAAUCAUCGGUCCUUUGAUGGGUGGUGCGUUCACAGACAAGGUAACAUGGCGUUGGUGCUUCUACAUCAACUUGCCCGUUGGCGGUUUCACCAUGGUCAUCUUGUUCCUUUUCCUAGCUGCCCCCCACAAACCCAAACUGUGCACCUGGAAGCAACAGAUCCUCCGCCUCGACCCCCUAGGUAGCGUGGUCUUCCUUCCCUCUGUCAUCUGCUUCCUGCUUGCCUUACAGUGGGGCGGCACAGCUUACCCCUGGAGCAAUGGACGCAUCAUCGCGCUGUUUGUCAUCUCAGGAAUCCUGAUAAUCGCCUUUAUCGGCGUGCAGAUCCGGCUCAAGAAGGACGCCACGGUGCCGCCUCACAUUUUUAACCAGCGCAGCAUCACCAGUGGUGUCGUCUUUUCCCUAUGUGUGGGUGGAGGGCUAAUCUCUAUGCUGUACACGCUCCCACUCUGGUUCCAGGGCGUGCGAGACACAUCGGCUGUGAAAUCCGGCAUCGACACGAUCCCCAUGGUGCUGGCGCUUGUUUUGGGAGCCAUCAUCUCGGGAGGAAUAAUCACCGCAACGGGAUACUAUGUUCCGUGGAUGUUCGUUGCAUCGAUUUUCAUGUCGACGGGCGCUGGCCUGAUGACAACCUUCAAGGUGGACACCAACCAUGCCGCCUGGAUCGGGUACCAGGUAUUGUUUGGUAUCGGUAUCGGCACGGGAAUGCAGCAACCCUCCAUGGCAGCCCAGACUGUUCUCCGUAUGGAUGAGGUCGCCAUCGGUGUCUCGCUCAUGUUCUUUGCGCAGUCUCUCGGUGGAGCUGUCUUUAUUGCGGUUGCUCAGUCGCUCUUCCAGAAUUACCUCGGCGCAAACCUACCCCACAUCCAGGGAAUUGAUGUGGACAAAGUCCUGGCGACUGGGGCAACGGGUCUCUCGAAUUCCGUUCCGACUACCAAGCUGGCCGAGGUUUUGAUUUUAUACAAUGAUGGCCUCCGGCGGUCGUUGAUUGUCACCGUGGCGGUGUCUUGUCUGAUGAUUGUCCCCGCGUUGACGAUGGAAUGGAAGUCAAUCAAGAAGGAGAAAUCGUCUGUCGCGGCAGCUUGA